UCGGAGGGCCUUAUCGAGGAAAAAGCAGCGGUUUCCUGUACCAUGGUGUCGUCACAUCCGCCUCGCAGAUGCCCACCGUCAGGAAGCAAUGGCGGCUUGCCGGGGAUCCUCGUCGAAGUGGUAUUAUACCCGGGAGCAGCUGGAAAGCACGCCGUCUCGUCAGUGCGGAGUUGAACCAGAUCGGGAGCUCUCCUACAGACAGCAGGCGGCGAAUCUAAUCCAGGACAUGGGCCAGAGACUCAACGUCUCUCAACUGACGAUAAAUACAGCCAUCGUUUACAUGCACAGAUUUUACAUGCACCACUCUUUCACUAAGUUUCAUAGAAAUAUUACAUCUCCAACCACCUUAUUCUUGGCUGCUAAGGUUGAAGAGCAACCCCGAAAACUGGAACAUGUGAUCAAAGUGGCACAUGCCUGCCUGAACCCCCAGGAACCACCUCUAGACAUUAAAAGUAACGCAUACCUCCAGCAAGCUCAAGAGCUGGUGAUACUUGAAUCCAUAGUGCUGCAAACCCUGGGCUUUGAAAUAACUAUUGAUCACCCACACACUGAUGUGGUGAAAUGUUCCCAGCUAGUGCGAGGUAGAGGCUUCCUUCUUUGCUCUUUGUGCCCUCUGGUCUUGUUUGUCCCACCUAAGAUAAGGGUGGGGAGGGGGGUGAAAACCUUGCUGGUUACAUGACGACUCACCGUCUGCUUUUGACGACUUUGUUAUGUCAUGUUUUAUGUUUUUAUAGUUUAACAGAUAAUUUGUACAAAACAACACAUUCUGGACCAAAUCCAGAUUCUUAGGAUUUAUUCUUUUCUUUCACCAUUUGUUUCCCAGUAAAAAAAUCUGAUAAUCAAAAUUGAUCUUUCCAUAAGUUAAUACUGUGUGUUUCAGACUUGGUUUUUCCAUAAUCAAAUCAAUGCUUCCUUUGCUUCAAUCUUUGUUCUUAAAAAUGCAGCAUCCUGUCAAUGUGCUAACUAUUACACCGGUUUCUUUUUUUUUUCUCUUUGUGUCUUGCAGCAAGCAAGGAUCUGGCUCAGACUUCCUAUUUCAUGGCUACCAACAGGUUGUUAUCCUGCCCCUCCUUUAUUGCACUUUGACUGCACACCAUAGCUUCCUGUAAUGCAGGGUACCCUUUCCGUGUCCAACGGGCCCUACUUGCGCUGGUGGUUGUUGGGACAAUUGCCUGCCCCUCGACUCCUCUUCCUUGUGCAAAGGAAGAUGGACAGGGCGACUUGCAGUGUCACUAGCCCCAGUCGCAGUGCGGUGUAUUGUACAAGGGACCACGUGUUGGCACAGAUGGGUUGAAUGCAAGAUGUGAAGUGUAGUGGUGCGCUUGAAAACCCCACAUGUUUGUUCGGUUGCGAAAAAGUGCAUAAUUCUAAAAGAGAAAGACACUUUGGUAGCCUGAAUAGCAGCUAAAGAUUUCACGAUGUAAACAUUUCUCGUAGAGGUCUUCCGGUAAGUACCACAAAUAAUCUCUUGAUUUCUUUUUUUUCUUCUCCAUAUUUAAUGAUAAUGUAUUAACAAAGGGCUGUCACUUUUUCCAAAAAUUGAAGAAACAAAGUCAUGCUUACAUAGUUAAGGCUGUUUUUCCACUUUGGGGGGACACUACACGACUUUGACAGACUUUACAGACGUUCCUGUUCUUUACGGCGAUUACGGCAAACUGAUAUUUG